GUUUUUUUGUUGCUAUGAAAACUAUUCUCCUACUAAGUUUAGUAAUAGCAUUAAGCUAUUCAUAAACCCAAGAUUUAAGAGGUAUAUUGGAUUAUAGCUAAUUUGACUGUGAAAAUUUGAAUGAGAUGUUUGAGAUGAAAAAUUCACUCGUAUAUUGGAAUGAAUUAAAGGAUAUGGAUAUUAUACAACAAAUCUCAGAUAUUCUAGAAGUUAAAGAGUCAUUAUUAAACUAUAAGGAACUACUGUUAAGUAAAUCAACUUUAAAGAAAACUAGUCCAAAAAUAUUUUUAGAGAAAGUUAAUGAAGAGAUUAAAGAUAUUGUGUAAGAGUUAUAAAAUGAUAAAAAGGAGUUAACAUUAUAGUAUUGUGAUAACACAAUAAAAAGAAUAAAUAAAAUUUUAGAUCAACGUGAUAGUGAGAAAAAUUAGUUAUUUAAAGUUGAAAAAAAAGUAAUAAGUGAGAAACUUAAUUUGGUAACCGAGAAAGUGGAUUAAUGUAAUAGAUCUUUGAAACCAGCUUAUCAUAAUAAAAUUAUACUUUAAUAGACAAUAUAGAGUAAGACUAAUGAUGUUGGCUACGGUUAUUGGUUUAGAUUACUUGAUUUCUAUCCUUAAGAUUAUUAGACUGAAACUUAUUUUAUAUCUCGUGUAUCUGAAAAUGAAAAUUAUUCAGGAAAUGAUUUAGGAGAUAAUAAAUUGGUUGUUUCAAUUUAAAAAAAUAGUUUAGUAUUAUCUACAUAUGAUAUAAAAACAAUGAAUGCAGUAGUUGAGUAAAGAUUAUUCUUUUAAAAGAAUUAAUGGACAUAUAUUCACUUUUCAUAUUAAGAUGGAGUUGCUACAGGGUAUAUUUAUUUAGAUUAAGAUGAUAUAAGCAAAAUAGAAUUUCAUGUAGAACAUUUUAAAUUAAAUUAAGCUUAUUUUAAAUUUGGAGGAGAGGAUUUAUAACUUUAAGGAUUGAAUGGUUAAUUUGCAUAAUUGUCGUAUGGUAUUGGAAAAUAAUACGUUACAGAUAAGCCAUAAUUAUUUAUUGAAGAAGUAUCAAAGUUAUCUCCUUAACCAUAAUUUAAUAAAUAAUCAAUUGAAUUGAUAGCAGAGGAGACUCAAUUUCCAUUGAAAUUCAAAAAGGAAUAUUAGGCAGAUUUUAUUGAAGAAUUUGCAAUAAGUGCUUGGUUCAAGAUUGAAUAUUUGGAUGCUGAAAAUAUUGAAAUAUUUAGAGUAAAGGAUGAUAAGAAAAACUAUGCUUUGAGUUUUUAUGGCGGUAAUUCUUUAAGUUUUGGAACUUAUAGUAAGGAUUAAGAAUUGAGAAAAGCAGAAUUAUUUGAAUAAACAGAUGAUUGGCAUUAUAUUUAUAUGAGUUAUUCAUAUUUGAGAGAGGAAUUUAAUUGUUUUGUAUGGAUUAAUGGACAUAUAAUAAAAUUAUAAGAACAUAAUGUUAAACAUUAUGCAACAAAAGAUUUAAUUGUAUCAAUUGAGAAUGAAUUUGAUGGAGAAAUCAAUAAAAUGAACUUGUAUGUUGGUUAAGGUAGUCAUAUAAAUGAUCCUCGUCAUUUACCAAAUGAAUAUUAAGUUGGUUUAGAUUUGGUUGAGAAUGUAAUAUUUGUAUUGAUUUAUUAAAGAGUAUAGUGAGAUCAUUUAAAGUUACUAAGGAAGUAAACAGUAAAAAUAUUUUGAAUUUCAAUCCUAAUAUGAGAGGAAGUAAUAAUCAGAUAAAUUAAAAUGAGGAGAUUUAAAAAUGA